AUGGCUGACAAAUCAAAGAAGAAGGGAUCCAAGAAGGGAGGAAAGAAGGUUGACCCAUUCUCCCGCAAGGAGUGGUACAACGUAAGAGCACCAACCGUGUUCUUCCAGCCCAACGAGUCGAACCAGAUUGGUUACACCCCAGUUAACCGUACUCAGGGUACCAAGCUCGCCUCUGAUGGUUUGAAGGGACGUGUCUUCGAUGUCUGCCUCGGUGACAUGAAGAACGACGAGAACCACGUCUUCCGCAAGAUCAAGUUGAGAGCCGACGAGGUUGAGGGCAAGUCCGUGUUGACCAACUUCCACGGUAUGGACAUGACCUCCGACAAGUUGCGCUCCCUCAUCCACAAGUGGGCCACUUUGAUCGAGUGCUUCGUCGAUGUCAAGACCACCGACGGAUACACCCUCCGCGUGUUUGCCAUCACCUUCACCAAGAAGGCCUCCGAGAAGCAAGCCAAGAAGACCUCGUACGCCAAGUCCUCCAAGGUCAAGCUCAUCCGUAAGAAGAUGUUCGAGAUCAUCAACGCCGAGAUCACCGCCACCGACCUCGCCUCCGUCGUCAAGAAGUUCGUCGACCAGACCAUCUCUGAGAAGAUCCAGAAGCAAUGCUCCCAGUACUUCCCAUUGAACAACACCUACAUCCGCAAGGUCAAGGUCUUGAAGCAGCCCAAGUUCGAAAUCGCCAAGUUGCUCGAGCACUACCAGAACGCCCCAGUUGCUGCUGCCCCAGCCCCAGUUGAGGAGACCGGUGUUGCCGUCGAGAGAACCGAGGAGACCGCCACUGCCUAA